AUGCUAGUGGACAACAUGGACACGUCCAGAUGGCGCUACAGCCUGCCCCUCGAGCGGUCCAGCCUCACGUCAAGCGUCUUCUACGUUGGAGAAACGCAGGAUCGCGAAAAGCACGAGCAGCUUCACGAGAUUCUGUGUGGAUACAGCAGCAAUGGAUUGCCCCCUAUGCCGGAGCUCCUGUCCCUGGGGCGACCCAAGUUCGACGAGUCGUUGUUUCAGACGGAGGCUCACUGGAGCAGCGUGGUGGACAACGCAUCCACCCUGACAAAACGGCAACAUGAUCAGCAGGAAGCCAUCUGGGAGCUUCUGCAAACAGAGCUGUCAUACAUCAGUGUUUCAAACUGUCUUCUUAACAUACAGCAAGAGGCUUUGCUCAAUGAGAUUGAGACUGAGCGCCUGUUCAGUAACAUUGACCAGGUCUUGAUAUGUAAUUGUCGGCUGUGGCAAGAUAGCCUCAUCAACAUUCUAGAAGAUGCCAGGAGGAACAGACACCCUCUGAAUCCCUCCCUCUUAAAGCCUGCUUUUCUCAGUGAGUUCAAAAAACUGAUUGGACCUUACACGAAAUACUGCAUGGAGCAGAAACAAUGUACUGAGUAUAUGAAGUCACGCCAUACAGAAAAUGAUCUCUUCAAGAUGUUUGUCUUGUGGGCUGAAACACAAAAGCAGUGCAAUCGGCUGAAGUUGACAGACCUCCUUGUAAAACCCGUACAACGCAUCACAAAGUAUUCCCUCCUGCUUCAAGCUAUUCUUAGAAAAACAGAAGAUGACAGACAGCGACGAGAUCUUCUAGAAAUGAUUGCCAGUGUCGAUGAAUGUGUGAUCAGCAUCAAUUCCAAGAUGCAGUAUCAGCUAGACAUGGAACGACUGGAAGCAAUCAUGACCAAAAUAGAGCCCUAUGACUGUGUGGAGCCUCCCAGUGAAGAAUGUGUUAAAAUAAUACAGGAAUACAACAGUAAGUUCAACCUCAUGACACCCAUGGCUGGACUACAAGUUCCUCAAACACGCUCCCUUCUUAUGCAUUCGAAUCUUCGCCUGAAGGAAUCUCAGUCAAAGACUGAUGUGGACUGUUUCCUCUUCACCGACCUGAUCCUGGUGUGCAAGUCAAACAAGCGAAUGGACAAGUAUAAAAUUUUCCGCCCACCCAUGCGCUUAGAUCAGAUUGUUGUCUCAGACCUGAAGGACAGAGGAAGUUUUCUUCUGAUCUAUAUGAAUGAAUAUGAUGUGCCUGUGGCCGCCUAUACAUUCCAUGGUGAUCAAACUGCUGUCAGACUGUGGCUAGAGAAGAUACGGGAUGCUCAGGCUGAAUAUAAUGAACGGAAGAUGGAAGAUCACAGGCUGCAUGUCUCUCGACUCAGCCGUAGUCGAGAAGAAGCAAAGAACAAUUCCUCACCUGGAACAACACCCCUGAACAUGAAAUACCACCCAGUAGCUGAUCUGCCAUCCAUACCACGCUCUGCAAGUAUGGACUCAACUGAGGGACAGUUUCUUCCAAACAUUCUACCUGCAAAGACAUCAGAUGGAUCAUUACCUUCCAAUGGGAUCCUUAGUCCUCAGGCUCUGGAGCGUGUGAGUUCAUGUAGUGAAAUCUCAUCUCGAGGAGCUUCCAGGACCCAUGUUUUGAGUCAGGAAAGGCACGCUUCAUCGUCUCCUGAGUACUCCCCAACAAACGAGCGUAAACAUAAACCUGUGAAGGCCAGCCAGUCUGUGCCUAACAUCCAUGGGAGUCAACUCAUGCAGGCAGGGACUGAAGACUGUUAUGAUGAAGAGGGGGAUAAUCGUGGUAUGACUGUUGAUGAUAUGAGUGUCAUCACUUCAGUUGGAUCCCUGUCUCUUUCACCGUCGUGUCUGAUGGAGCAAAGCUCAUUUGACAGUGACUUCAAUAGCUGUUUGAACAAACCCAACCAGAGGCGGGUUUCGCGCAGUGAAAAACGAUAUUAUACAGCCGACUCCAUUCAGGAGCUGAGACAGGAGAAAGACAAUAGCAUCCACAAAAGGCUUUCAUGGCAGAAUGAAAAUCAGUUAGAGGAAAGACUACGUAGAAAAGUUUUGAGCUCAGAUUCUGUGCACAGCAUGCCUAGCUCCUCUGGGGUCAGUUCUGCAGGCUCGCUGCACCUUAACCCUGAGAGUGACAUCAGUGAAGAGACAGAAAGUCAAAAGACUGGGCGGUCAUUGUCGUCUGUUGACAGCAGCCUUGAAACUGACACUAAUAACUCUGUGGCAAAUUCAGACCCAGAGAGCAGCCGUUGCAGAGCAAAGUCGUCAUCUGAUAUUGCAGAGCUUAUCAGCUCGUUGAAGACCGGUGAACGAGAAGAUGGCAUUUCCUCUGUUAACCUGCCAGUCCAUGGUCAUUCGAAGAGGUUCUCACAUUCACAGCUGCUCAUCAUGAAAAAACAUCUACUUCUUGAUGCAAGCGUGGAGGCUUCGGAGGUAUAAAAAUAUGAGGAACAGCCAUAAAACCAAGUUCAGUCAUUCAGCGUUUGAGAGAAACUGCAGCAUUGUCAGCUGCCACGAUGUAUGCAGGGAUGUGUUGUCCAGUGCUGCAUCAGAAAAGUCAAUCCACGUGUCACGGAGAUAUCAGACACUGUAACAGAUUGGGAGGUGCUGAGAACUCAGAUGUCAUGAUGCUGUCAGACACUAACAGAUUGGAAGGUGCUGAGAACUCAGGUGAAGUGGAGCAGCACUGCUACCUCAGUUCUGCAUGUCUUACAAUGUCGGGGCUUUUUCUGUGCCUUUGCAUGGUAGGAUAUUUUGCCCUGCCAGCAUCCAGGCUGACAUGUGCUGCUGCCUGUCUUUUCAUGUCACAGAGUGCACUAAAGACCAAUGGGACCAAGUAACAAAGACUUGACUGCCUAAUGAAUAAGGCUGUGUGAGAAUACCCGAACUCUUCAACAGUCAACAGAUUGUGUUGCUUAUUACUGUCAUUGCUUUAUGUCAAGGAACCACAUAAUCAUAAUGCGACUGAAGCUAAGAUGCGUGAACUACAAGGAGUGUGUUCAUAUUGUGCAGGAUGAUUCAAAUCACAGUUCACAAGCACCCCUUUUAUUUAUGCUCCUGACGAGCGUGAAGAAUGCAGAAUCUAUUUGAAAAAGUGUCUCUGCAAUUAGCUGUCACCAAUGUUGCACAUAAAGAAUUGUGACUGUGUAUCUCUGUAAAGGUGUGAAGGUGCUGCAGUGCAUAGGGGAAGCUAUGGUGAUGCUUUCUUAUUAGGAUUAAAGGGCAUUUAGUGAACUUUCUUUCUUCAUUUGAUGUUCUAGUGAAAUAAAGUGGGGGUGGGGAAGCAUGCUGAAACAUCAUGAUUGUCUUUGUUCUUGUUGUAAAGAUGUUAAUUGUAGUAUAUCAGUUUUUGACAACAGGUACAAGUACCUGACAGAUAAAAGAUCUUUACAUUCAAGAUUUACAUUCAGUUCAACAUCCAAGGCGUUGAAGAAAGAUCAUGUAAACAGUUCUGGGGUGGUCUGCCGGGUGUGUUUAGGUUAAUCCUAUUAUCACUUCUUGUUGCGACCCUAUGCUCCUCAAGGAGUAAAAAUGACUAAACUUUUAUCACUUCUUGAGCAUCUAAUCCUGUUCGAAUUACUCUUACCUAAUGUUUUCUGAUGCAAGUAGCCAGGACAAAUGCUGCACGUACCCACACACAUACAACAUUCCUUUACAGACAUGGUGUUUUGGUAAUGGAGAAACAUUGUGACCAUGCUUUUCACUGAGUGCUUCAUAUGCCUUGAAAAAAUGUCCCCUAAAACAUAAAGCAUAUGAUUUGAGGAUGCCUUAGAUAGCUUUAUCCUGUCAUUGCAUCUUCAUGUCAAGUCUUUGGUGAAAAUGUUUUAUUUGUAAAAUUGGGUGUGCUUCAGCGUGGCCUUGAUCCUUGUAUAAUCUUUAUCGCAGAGAAAUCCUGAUACUCUGAAACAUGUACGUGCUUACCCC